GCAGAAAGUGGGUACGCAAUGUCAUUCAUUUAUUUGGGGAAACACGAAAUCUGUCCGGGUGAAAAUUCAAGAAAUAAACACGGUGAGAGAAAAAAAUACCACAUGUAUCAGAGACAUGGGAACAAAAAUGUAGUGAGGAACGACCAUCCGCUGGGUCGAAAUGAAAUGGACUGUGUGGUCGCACUUAGCUUGCUCAAAAAGGGAGUAAAGCACGUAUCAAUAGAUGUUUAUAACAGAUUUUUUCGAUGAGCAUGUGUGUAUUCUGUAGGCAUAUAAUUAAAGGAACUUUGAAGGUAUGGUUAUGGUGGACCGUGAUAAUUGCCAGCGUGUCACUCGGUAAUUUGUCCACGCUGUGGAGUGCUCUUAACGAAUGUUUUGUUUUGUGACGUGUAAGUUACUCGGGAGAUAGAGAAAUUGGAACUAAUCGGCAUCAAUUUCAUACAUAAUGAAAAGGUUAUGCUCAAGUCGAGCUAUUGAUGAAACGGGAAUGAGUAGCACUCUUACUGCUGAUGUAGACCGAACAAAUUACUUAUUUAUCAUCGAUGAUAGAUAAAUAUAAAAGGUUCGAACAUGCAUAUCACUCAGAAAGUACACCAAAAUUUGCAUCCUUCAUCCGAAUGGUGUUGUGUUGUUACCUGCCGGUGUCACCAAGAGAAUGCCUAAGAGGUAAUUUAGCAAGAUUAGCCAUAUUCAUCCAAGAAUAUCCAGGAGUAACUACAAAGGAUAACUUAGACCUUAUUAGGAAAGAGUACGAUUUUAGAUACAAGUCUUUUAAUCUAUCAUUAACUGUCAUUCAGCCAGAGAUGGAUAGCAACACGAAAAUAUUUGGUAUAAAUACACCGACAUGAUUCAUAAACAACUGGUAAACAUGCAAAUAGUUUGAUUUCAGAAAUUUAUUAUUGCAAAUAAACAAAAUUAAAUUCUACCAGCAGAGUAAUCACCAAAUAUCUUUAGUUUCGUAUUGAGAACAGUGAAAAUAACAAACUAAUUUUGGAAUAAUUUGACACCAGUAGAAACUUUGACUUUAAAAAAGGGAGAUUACUGAUAAAUUGCGACAGAAAUUAAAAAUUUUGUGCUUAUUUGAUUGCACGUAAAACCAUAGCGUGCAGAGUAUUUUGUACUAAAUCCUACGAAAAUGAAUACCAAGUGCCGUAUUAGUAGUGCCGUUACAACAGCUUUUUUAUAAAUCACUAAACUUGAUCUUCUGUUUAUGAUCUUUCACCUGAAUGGACUUGGACAAUCGAUCAUUUUUUACGGAAAAAAUUUAGAACACAGUAUUGCUAAAGCACACUCAUAACAUGAGUUUAACGUGAUGCUUAGCAUUAGAAGAGGUUUUUUGGUGGAUGUGACAUGAUGCCGUUCGCGGCCAGCGUUUUGUAUGCUUUCCAAUGCGCAAAAUCACGUAGAAUACAGUCGUUGUGAAAUAUAGAUUUGCUUCUGCCAUUUUCUGGUUCGUAAAUAGCCAUGGUUUAUCACAGCAACUUCAUCAUACGGUUGUUAUCCAACGAAUACGAAACUGGGCUUUUAUCAACAAACAAUCGAUUACAGAGUGUCAAAAAAAGUAAAAAGCAAAAUUUCAUCGUUAAUUACAGCCGGUAACCGUUCACAACUCAUUUGGUUACCAGGAAUUUUGAUGAACAGGUACUAACAUGGCGCAAGUUAGCGUCGAAUCUAUUUCUGAAUCAUUCCAACAAAAUUUAGUGCCACUGUUGCUUCGACACGUUCUUAGUUAAAAAUACCGAAGAGCCGAAGUUUCUUAAUGAUAAUUCGAUCUCGUAAUAAAAUUAUUGAUCACUAACACCGAUGCGGGCGCUGUCCAUAAAGAAGGAAUGUGCGAUGAAUAAAGCGUAUGAUACAUAAAGUAUUUUCUUUAAA